CUUAGUUGUCAAAUGUCAUCAAACUCGUCAAUAUCAAUAAACACUGCCAACCAUUAAAGUCAAUCCAAUAUAGAUUUCAAUAUAGAUUUGAAAUUAUAGAAUAAGUACGCAAGAUCAAUAAUUACCUAAUAGAAUUAUCAAAAUAGCGAAAAUAAAUUUAUCUUAGCCUUUUAUGCCGUACUCAAAACAUGGAUACGAUGAGUUUAAAAGAAAUACAAAGCAAGUUAUUGUUGUGGGAAUCGUCUGAAAAUCCACUUGCGCCACUCAACUCGGACCAGAGGGAAGCGAUUUUGGAUCUUGAAUCUUUGAUUUUAGGAGUUAAUGAUGAGGGUGGAGAAAAUGGACCAAUAGAAAAAGAGACUGUUGACCAAAAAUCUAUACCAUCUGUAGAUACAACAUAUGACUUUUUGGAAUGGUAUGAGCGACUCUGUGAUGAUAAUAUGAAGACUGAAGAUGUCCCUUACCAAUGCUAUUAUAAACAAUUAGAAGAUAGAAGAAAUGAAUGUAUUUCUUUAAACGAACAGAUCAACGAGGCGAUGUCGGAUCUGCAUAAACUAACAGAGCAAUACAAUUUUGUUUCAAAUAAAACAAAUGCUCUACACAACAUGAGUGAGCAGCUACUGGCUGAUCAAAAUAAACUAUCUGGUAUAGGAGACGACAUAAAAAAAAGGCUUCAUUAUUUCACGCAAGUGGAGCAUUUGUCGCAACGCCUCAACAGCCCAACUAUGUCGGUCAAUAGUGACGCAUUCUUUAAUGUACUGGCAAAGAUCGACGAGUGCUUGGAUUAUAUGAGAGAGAACAGCAACUACAAAGAGUCCCACACGUAUCUAGUGAAGUAUCGUCAUCUGCAAAAUCGUGCGAUUUCCGUGAUACGUUCGUACGUGAACCACGUGUUGGACCACGCGACGGAGCAGGUGCUGGGGCCGCAGGAGGACGCCGGCUCCGAGGAAGAGAACGUGGACACAGCUUACGCGGUCUUCUUCGGGAAAUUUCAAGCUGCCGCCCCGAAGCUAAGGAAAGUCAUAGGGGAAAUCGAACAGCGAGCCGAAACGAAUUCUGACUACGCGUCGCUGCUGUCGGACAUGGAGCGCGAGUACGCGUCGCGGCGGCGGCGGGUGGCGGGCGGCGCGGUGGGGGGCGCGGUGGGCGGCGCGGCGCGGCGGCUGGCGCGGGACAGCUGCGCCCUGCUGCGCGCGUGCUGCUCGCUGCUCGCGCACGCCUGCCGCGACGAGUGCGCCCUCUACCAUCACUUCUUCACGCAAUCCUCACAGGCCCUUGAAGAAUACCUGCAGUCCCUCUGCAACGGCUUAUACGAAACUCUACGGCCGCACAUCAUCCACAUCAACCAUUUGGAAACGCUCGCCGAGUUGUGUGUCAUACUGCGGAUCGAAGUUAUCGAGGAACAAGUCAACAACGACCCGGUGAGUCUGCGCGCGCUGGGCACGUGCGCGGGCGCGCUGCUGCAGGACGCGGCGGAGCGGCUGGUGUUCCGCGCGCACGUGCACCUCCGCGCCGACGUGCUGCUGUACCGCCCCGCGCCCGGCGACCUCGCCUACCCCAACAAGCUGCUCAUGAUGGAGCAAAUCGCGCUCUCCAUUCAAGAGCAGAGCCUGAAGCGGAGCGACUCGCGCAACUCCAUGGUGUCUGACGUGUCGGCCACGUCGCAAGAGGUCGCCAACAUCAACGUUGAGGCGCAGCGCCGACCUCACGCGUCCCCGGCCGACCUGCACGGCAUGUGGUACCCCACCGUCCGGAGAACCCUGGCGGCCUUGUCGCGCCUGUACAGGUGCUUGGAGAAGAGAGUCUUCCAGGGUCUCGCUCAAGAAGCCAUCUCGCUGUGCGUCCAGAGCGUGGACACCGCGGCCAGGCUAAUAACGGCAAACGCGACCAGCGUCGACGGCGAACUGUUUCAAAUAAAACACUUGCUGAUCUUGAGGGAGCAGAUCGCGCCGUUUCAAGUCGACUUCGUGAUCAAAGAGACGACCUUGGACUUUAGUAACGUCAAAAACGCAGCCUACGGCCUCAUACAGAGGCCCCGGCAGAUAUUCUCGCUCAGUUCGAACAACGCGCUGCUGGAGUUCCUCCUGGAGGGGACGCCGAUGGUCCGGGAGCAUCUGCUGGACUCGAGGAAGGAAGUGGACAGGCAGCUGAAGAGCUGCUGUGAAACGUUCAUCAAGAACGCGACGGAGCUGCUGGCCGGGCCCAUGGCCGUGUUCACUGACAAGGCUCAAGCAUUCACACCGAUAGACCAGUUAAAGUCUGAGCCCUGGGCGACGCCUGAACAACUAGCGGUUGUCGUUAAAGAAGUACAAAAGCGUAUAAAAGCUCAUCUCGCUCCGUUGCAGCGCUCGAUGCAGUUGUACUUAGCCAAUAAGGAGACUGAAUUUAUCUUGUUCAAGCCGAUUAGGAAUAACGUUGUCGGCUACUUCGUCCAAAUAGAACAACUUCUGGUGAACGCUGGCUACUCGUACGAGGAUACUCUGAUUGUCGCGUGUCCCACUCCUGAGCAAAUAUCAGUUUUUAUAUCAUCUGCUAGCCUUAUCAGCCACAGUGAGCCAGUGUUGCCAUACGGCACUAAGGCGAAGCCAAGUGUGGUCCGUAAACCGAGUGUUACCAGCGUACCGGAGAAACUAGAAGAAAAGGCGACGGCGGAGACGGUUUAACACUUAUGUCGCUUAAUCAUAUUAUUUUUUGUAAUAAAUGAUACGGACCCGAGGGUCGUCGUUUUCCUCCUACGAUAUAAAUAGUUAGUUAUGCUUCAUAACAUUUAAUAUAUCUUUGUUUUUUUUUUGAAGAAGUUGUUCGAUGCCAGAAAAUUCUUUAAGAAGCAUGCUCGCUUCUAAAUACUUUAUUAUGUUUUAUAUUUGUGAGAUAUAUUGUUAUGUUUAAAUAAUACAACAAAUAAAAAAAAAAUGUUUUUUUUUUAUUUGUGUUGUCCUCUAACAUCUACACUAAAAAAGUUAAAAGCACACUAUUGGAAACCACGAUGGAAAGAUGUUACCCCGCAUCGGCAAUGUCAGGAACCAUGUCUUUAACAUUUUAAAUGACAAUUUAAUCUAUUCAUAUAUUUUGAAAUUGUAGAAUUAUUACAGGGAAAUGAUAAUGAAUGAUAAUUCCAUGCAUUGUAUUGCAUUUACAUCUGUAUUUCCAUGUGUAGUUUCAGUAGGUAGGAUUGAAUGAAUAUUAUAUUUGAUUAUGAAUAUAAAAUACAAACUUGCCUCUGAUACCAACAUUAAAUUCAAUAUCAAUUCAAUAGUAAAAAAUACUUGUAUCUCAUUUUACUUUCAUUUAGCACUCUAGAUUGUAUUAUUCUAGGUAGGAACUGCUUACUUGGGCGCAUAGAAAUCACAAAAUUACAUGAAAUGUAGUAAUCUGAGAUGGAAGUCUCAAUUUAUGUUGCAUCAUAUGCACCCUACUGUCUCAAAGCAAACACAUCCAUUAGUCCAUUUUCCAACUGUACAUAUACUACUUCAUUCAAUUAAUACCUUUAUAGAAGGUUUGAAGUCGUCGUGGCCUAAAGGAAGCCUAAGACGUUCGGUGCAUUCGUGUUGAAGCGAUGCAACGGUGUUCGAAUCCCGCAGGUGGGUACCAAUUUUUCUAAUGAAAUACGUACUCAACAAAUGUUCACGAUUUACUUCCACGGUGAAGGAAUAACAUCGUCUAAUAAAAAUCAAACCCGCAAAAUUAUAAUAGUUACUGGUGGUAGGACCACUUGUGAGUCCGCGCGGAUAGGUACCACCGCCCUGCCUAUUUCUGCCGUGAAGCAGUAAUGCGUUUCGGUUUGAAGGGUGGGGCAGCCGUUGUAACUAUACUGAGACCUUAGAACUUGUAUCUCAAGGUGGGUGGCGCUUCUACGUUGUAGAUGUCUAUGGGCUCCAGUAACCACUUAACACCAGGUGGGCUGUGAGCUCGUCCACACAUCUAAGCAAUAAAAAAUAAAUAAAUAAAAGGAGACAUGUGUUUGAACAGUUUAAUCUCGCAUUUGUUAAUUUUAUUAAAUUAUUUCUGAUUAAUUUUUGAGAGUUAAAUACUGUGUUAGGAUAAUAUUCAAAUAUCAAUGAAUAACCCCUUAGUCACUAGUGACCACAAAACUUAAGUAUUCAAAAAAUAAUAAGCUCACACAGACUACAGAAAAUACUUUUAGAACUAUUGUUUUCUAAUAUAAAAGUGGGUUUUAUAAACAAAUAAAAAAUAAAAAAACAAAGUUUUUAUUAUGUACAACAUUCUAUUUACUUACUUUCUAUAAUAAAUACAAUAUUACCAUAGAAAUCUCGUUUUAUUUCAAUAAAACAACAGACACUCGGAGACUUAUUGUGUUUAUUGAUCUUAACUGAUUUUUUAAAUUAACUUCUAAACAUUGACUCUCUUUUUAAGCCCUGACCCAGUACAUUCCACCACGAAUCCUAGUGUAGUCAGGAAGACCUUCAGUAGGUCCAACGGCAGCUACAGCUGGACAACGGUCAAAUAAGUAUUUGUAGCAAACAUCACGUACAUUCUGUACAGUAACAGAUUCAAUACGAGCAUCAAGUUCAUGGAUGGGGAUGCGUCUGUUGUAGCAGAGCAUUUGACGACCAAUAUCUUCACAGACAGGAGUGGUUCCAUCAAGUUGCAAAAGCAUGUUGGUCUUGAGUAAGUUCUUAGCACGCUCAACUUCACCUUCAGUUACAGAUGUACAGAGUUUCAUCCAUUCCUUCUGGAUGUUAUAUAACAUAUCGUCAAGUUGUAGACUCUCAGCUACAAAGUAAAUGCCCCAUAGACCAGUGUCUUUAUAACAAGUGUUGAAGGACUGGAAACUGUGGCAGAGGUUGCCCACUGAGGCAGCACGCGCUAGGUAUGAAGCAUUAUUGGCACCACCACCUUGAGAGCGGUCCCAGGCACCAAUAAGAGUGUUGGCAACCAUCAAAGGAAUGUUGUCAGCAUCAGUCCAACCAGCUCCCUCAACAGCUAUAGCUACAUGAGCUAGCGGCAUUGAAUCAUCACGGACCCUGAUCUCUGAUCCAGUAUAUCUGCAGGGUGUCAGCUCAACAUCACAUGCUGAGUUCUUUAAUCCACUAAAAUGCUUACUGGCCAGAUCUACUAACCUUUCAUGUUCAACUCCACCAGCUCCAGACAAAACAAUACGUCCAGGUUGAUAGUGGUUCCUAAUGUAGCUCUGUAGGUCAGCCUUAGAGAUUUUCUUAAUAUUUUUGGUAGGUCCAAGAAUUGUUUGACCCAAUGGGGUACCUUGGAAUGCUGUUGCGUGAAGGUGAUCAAACACAACCUCCUGAAGGUUACUUUCGACAUCUUGCAUUUCGCGAAGAAUGACACCGCGUUCUCGUUCGAUUUCGGGUUCGGCGAGGGAGGAAUUCUGUAUGAUAUCAGCAAGGAUCUCUACUGCUACGGGGACGUCAUUAGCGAGGCAUUUUGCGUAAAAAACUGUUUGUUCCCGGGACGUGUAGGCGUUCAAGUGUGCACCCAUGUUUUCUACCAGUAGUUCUAAGUCCGUCUGUGAUCUUUUACUAGUACCUUUAAAAGCCAUGUGUUCAAGGAAAUGAGCGACACCAUUGUUCUUGGAGGUUUCAUAGCGGGAGCCAGCGUCGAUCCAGAGUCCUACAGUGGCAGUGGCGGCUCCCGAAUCUUCAGUAGCAAUACGCAAACCAUUAUCGAGUACUGUGAGUUUAGUCGGUGGAACAUUUACUAAUGCCUGUUUGUAUGCAGCUGCGGUUGCUAACGUACGUACCUGAUUGCCCUGGCUGGAAAUUACUCUCAAAGUGGUUGCUACUUUCAACAUUUUUGUUGUGAUCUUUAUACUAUGAGUUAAAAUAUUUUUUCCUUGCCGAUUUACGUAAUGAAUGGGCAAUAGCUCUUCACAGCUGUCAAAAGCAACGGAGAAAA